AUGGUUGAUGAGGCUCACGAGCGCACCCUCUCUACUGAUAUCUUAUUUGGUCUGGUGAAGGAUAUUUCUUGUUUUCCACCAGACCUGAAGUUGCUCAUUUCUAGUGCCACCCUUGAUGCAGAAAAAUUUAGUGACUACUUCGAUUCAGCUCCUAUUUUCAAGAUACCUGGGAGGCGGUACCCGGUUGAAAUUCAUUAUACAAAAGCCCCAGAGGCUGAUUACAUAGAUGCAGCAAUUGUCACUGUUUUACAGAUACAUGUGACACAACCCCCUGGAGAUAUCCUGGUGUUUCUCACAGGCUUUUGUAAGAUCAAAUCAUACAAUCCCCGCACUGGAAUGGAAUCUCUACUUAUUAAUCCUAUCUCAAAAGCUUCAGCAAACCAGAGGGCAGGAAGAUCUGGACGCACUGGACCCGGAAAAUGCUUCCGUCUAUACACGAGUUAUAACUACAUGCACGACCUAGAAGAUAAUACUGUUCCGGAGAUCCAACGAACCAAUCUUGCGAAUGUUGUGCUUACACUCAAGAGUCUUGGUAUUCAUGACUUGGUUAAUUUUGACUUCAUGGAUCCACCUCCAUCAGAAGCCCUAUUAAGGGCUCUGGAACAACUUUUUGCUCUCAGUGCACUCAACAGUCGUGGAGAGUUGACAAAGACUGGAAGAAGAAUGGCAGAAUUUCCACUGGAUCCUAUGUUGUCGAAGAUGAUUGUUGCUUCAGAGAAAUACAAGUGUUCUGACGAGAUCUUCUCCGUUGCAUCCAUGCUGUCAAUUGGCAAUUCUAUAUUUUAUCGUCCGAAGGACAAACAAGUUCAUGCAGAUAAUGCAAGGUUGAACUUCCACACUGGCAAUGUUGGGGACCAUAUAGCACUACUAAAUGUGUAUAAUUCUUGGAAAGAAACAGACAAUUCAACUCAAUGGUGUUACGAAAACUAUAUACAGGUGCACAGCAUGAAGAGGGCAAGAGAUAUUCAGGAUCAACUAGAGGGGCUUAUGGAAAGAGUUGAGAUUGAGAUUUGCUCAAAUGCCAGUGAUUUAUAUGCUAUUAAAAAAGCUAUUACAUCGGGUUUCUUCCAUCAUUCUGCACGGUUGCAGAGGGAUGGUACAUAUAAGACUGUCAAGAACCCUCAGACCAUACGUCCGCGGUGGGUAGUAUACCACGAAUUAGUUCUCACAACAAAAGAGUUUAUGCGCCAGGUGACGGAACUGAAGCCUGAAUGGCUGGUAGAGAUAGCACCACAUUAUUACCAACUAAAGGACGUGGAAGACUGUGCUCGGCUGGUGGAGCUACUUGUCGCGUCGGCAUUGGUCAUCAUGGGCGGCGUGUGUUCGGCGGGGAUCGCCGGGGACAAAUCGCCGACGGAGCUCUCGUUCCGAGCGAUGGGGUUCGUGGUGGAGCAGGAUUUCAGGGCCUUCUCAGCCGCCAGCAAUAACAAGACCGCGCCCGUCGAGGAGGCGGUGGAUCCUAACCAGGUGAGCGAUCAGUCAUUUCGUCUGUCGGAGAAGGUCUCGCCGCCGUCCACGAGCGCCAAGACUCGUCGCUCGGUCUCCAAGGAACCGCAUUUGACGCAUACCGAAUCGCGGAAGGCCAAGGCUGGCAAGCCUAGGAGAAGCACCUCCGGCAAGGCCGGUCCGAGCAAGGUUUCAGACAUAGGCAUAGCGCUUGGUAGAAAGAGUACCUCUGGACUUGGGAAAGCAGUAGAGGUUCUAGAUAAUCUGGGCAGCAGCAUGUCAAGUUUGAGCCCUGGAGGUGGUUUUGUGGCGGGACCAACGACAAAGGGGAACAAAAUAUCAAUCCUUGCAUUCGAGGUUGCAAACACAAUAGUUAAGGGCAUGAGCCUCAUGCAGUCUUUGUCCAAAGAAAGCCUGAACUAUUUGAAGGACAUGGUCCUUCUAUCAGAAGGUGUACAACGUUUAGUUUCAAGCGACAUGGAUGAUCUGAUGAGAAUUGCUGCAGCCGACAAGAGGCAAGAGCUGAGUAUAUUUUCACGAGAAGUCAUAAGAUUUGGGAAUCGUUGCAAAGAUCCUCAGUGGCACAACCUAGAUCGUUAUUUCUCCAAGCUAGGGUCAGAAAUUACACCCCAACCAGAAUUAAAAGAAACGGCAAAAGCACAUAUGCAGCAACUGAUGACCCUUGUUCGACACACUGGUGAUCUCUACCAUGAAUUACAUGCAUUAGAUAGAUUUGAGCAAGAUUAUCGCCGUAAAUUGGAGGAAGAGAAAAGAUCAGUUACAUUUGAAAGGGGGGACACUGUUCAGAUUAUCAGACAAGAACUGAAGAGCCAGAGGAAGCAUGUACAUAAUUUGAAGAAAAAGUCUCUUUGGUCUAAGUCUCUUGAUGAUGUCAUGGAGAAGCUUGUAGAUAUUGUCCAGUUCUUACAUGUCGAGAUUCGAGAUACUUUUGGGCCUUGUGAUGGAGAGUCAAACGAAUCGCAAGAGAGCCGUCAAACAUUGGGGUCUGCUGGUCUCUCUCUUCACUAUGCUAAUAUCAUUUCUCAGAUUGACAAUAUUGUUUCCCGAAGUUCUGUCCCCCCUCAAAGUACAAGAGAUGCACUCUAUCAAGGUCUGCCCCCAAAUGUCAAGUCUGCUCUUCGAACAAGACUACUAACUUCCACAGAAUCUGAAGAGGUUCCGAUCACUAAAAUCAGGAGUUCGAUGGAGAAAACUUUGCAAUGGAUUGUCCCGGUUGCCAAUAAUACGGCCAGAGCGCACCAUGGAUUCGGAUGGGUUGGCGAGUGGGCGAACACAGGGAAUGAUCCGUCACGGAAACAGGCUGGUCAACCUGACGCGCUGAGGAUCGAGACCCUGUAUCACGCGGACAAGGAGAAGGCCGACGCGUGCAUACUGGACCUGGUGGUGUGGCUCCACAUCCUGAUCAGCUACAGCAGGCCGCCUAACAACAGGUCACCGAGCCGAUCCCCCGUGCGUUCGCCGGUGCACUUGGGCGUGGCCCCGGCGGUGCCAGCAGCAGCAUCGUCCAGGGGCCCAGCUGCUCCUGGGCUCACCCGAGAAGACCGCGAGAUGCUGCAGGACGCAUACACCCGGCGACGGUCCGCUGGGACGACUGGGAAGAGCAAGAGCCAGGAGCUGUCCACGGCGGCGGCGGCGGGCCGCGGCCACAGGCUGGCGCUGAGCAGGAACGACAGGCUGAGCAAGAGCGGCAGCCACUGCUGCCCGUCGGCGUCGCGGGAGCGGGAGCACGGCGGCGGCAGGGUGUUCCCCCUGGCGACGGGCAGGUCUCCCGCCUCGUCGUCGCCCGUGGCUGUUGGCUUCGACAUCGACCGGAUCAGGUUGGCGCUGGACGUGAUGGACAGAGUGGAUGUGCAGCAGAAGCAACCGUGA